CUGCGGGCUCCGCCCCCUCCCCGCCUCGGCCGGCCCCGGCUCCUCCCCCGGCUCCUCCCCCCGUACCCCAGCCCGACCAGAGCGGCCCCCGGGACAGAGCGGCGCGGAACCCCGGGCGCCUGGGUCCCCAGCAUGAUCCUCGGCAGCCUGAGCCGGGCAGGGCCCCUCCCUCUGCUCCGGCAGCCCCCCAUCAUGCAGCCGCCUCUGGACCUCAAACAGAUCCUGCCCUUCCCACUGGAGCCAGCCCCCGCCUUGGGCCUCUUCAGCAACUACAGUACUAUGGACCCCGUGCAGAAGGCCGUGCUCUCCCACACCUUCGGGGGCCCCUUGCUCAAGACCAAGCGACCCGUCAUCUCCUGCAACGUCUGUCAGAUCCGCUUCAACUCUCAGAGCCAGGCUGAGGCUCACUACAAGGGCAACCGCCACGCCCGGAGGGUCAAAGGCAUCGAGGCAGCCAAGACCCGAGGCCGGGAGCCUGGCGUCCGGGAACCUGGAGACGCCGCCCCCGCCAGCAACGCGCCCCCCAGCGGGGAGGGCGCCACCCCCCGUCCAGUUUCCAUGGAGAAUGGACUGGCUCCAGCCCCAGGGUCCCCUGAGAAACAGCCCGGCCCCCCAUCCCCUCCCAGCAUUCCAGAGACUGGUCAGGGGACCGCCAAGGGCGAAGGGGCGGCUCCAGCCCCGGCUCCCCUGCCCGGAGGGAGCAAGGAGGAGGAGGAGAAGGCCAAGCGGCUGCUCUACUGUGCGCUGUGCAAGGUGGCCGUCAACUCCCUGUCCCAGCUGGAGGCACACAACAAAGGUACUAAGCACAAGACCAUUCUGGAAGCCCGGAGCGGGCUGGGCCCCAUCAAGGCUUACCCGCGGCUGGGGCCCCCCACGCCCGGCGAGCCCGAGGCCCCCGCCCAGGACCGAACCUUCCACUGUGAGAUCUGCAACGUCAAGGUCAACUCGGAGGUCCAGCUGAAACAGCACAUUUCCAGCCGGCGGCACCGAGACGGCGUGGCCGGGAAGCCCAACCCGCUCCUCAGCCGUCACAAGAAGCCGCGGGGCGCCGGGGAGCUGGCGGGCACGCUGACUUUCUCCAAGGAGCUGCCCAAGUCGCUGGCGGGCGGCCUGCUCCCGAGCCCCCUGGCGGUGGCGGCGGUGAUGGCAGCGGCCGCGGGCUCCCCGCUGUCCCUGCGCCCGGCCCCGGCCGCCCCGCUGCUCCAGGGCCCGCCCAUCACCCACCCCCUGCUCCACCCGGCCCCCGGGCCCAUCCGAACUGCGCACGGACCCAUUCUCUUCUCCCCCUACUGACCUGAGCCCCGGUCCCCGAGUCCCGUUCCGACUCCCCCCUCUCCCCCCCGGGCCUCCGGGCGCCCAGCCCGCCCCUCCUCCUGGCACUCCCUGAAUGAUCUCUCUCCUUCCCCCCCGCCCCGAGGUGCGGGGUUCCAGGAAAGGGGAGGGGGAGCGGGGGAGGGGGGCUUCAGAAGGGGGGGAACACCCCAGAUCUCAGGGAACCCCGCCCCCUGCCCUUCCCUCUCCCCUAGCAAAGGGGGGGCCGUCUCACCCCCGCGCCCCCUGUGGAGACACCCCUCCUCCCAAAAGCCAUGUCCAUCCAGCCCUCUCUCCCCCACCACCUCCAAACCUAGCACAAAACGGGGUUCACAAAGCCAUGAUCGGGGUUCCGGGGGGUGGGGAGACGUGGAUUUUCUUGGCAAUAAGCGGACUCUGGGACUCCGGCCCCCUCCACCCCCAGCCCCACACUGAAGCGCUUCCGUGCACAUCCCCGUCCCCCGCGGGGGGGCGGGGGGCAGGCGGGAUCCCGGGUCCCUCCGAAGCACUUUGGUUCGACCGCCUGCGACCUCACUGUGCCCGCCCCGCACCACGCCCCCGCCCGGGGCCUCGUCCCGGCCCGCCCAGGGCAGGGGCAGCACUUGGGGGCAUCUUGGCACUUGGGUGGGACCAACUCGAUGCCCCUACUAGACGCUCCCCUCACUUCCUUCCCCUCCCCCCCCGCCCCCCAUCCGGAUUCCAUUCUUUUCACCAGCACCCAUCGCCCAAGGGGUACCGAGGGGGGCAAGGGGUGUUCGAUCCAAGCCCACCCCCGCCUCGCCUUCCGCAAAACUGUGAGCAAAAAGCAAUAGAGCCUCGCCCCGCCCGCCCGCCCGCCCCGCUGGAUUCGCCUGGUCUGUAGCCUCCCCCCAGCCCCGCGCCUAGACCUCAUGGCUGUCCCCCACCCGCCACCAGAUACCCCCAGUGCACAACUCGGGCGGGGGCGCGGCUCCCCCCACCUCUGUGGUUUCCCUCCUGUCAGCCCUUCCCACCUCCCGGGAGGGCUCGGCCCCCCACCGGCCUGCCCGCCCCGUCGACUCUUCUGCUUGAUGAUGUAGCAACCCCCCCCACCCCGCCCUCACCCGCGUCUUUUCCUCUCUCCACCCCCCGCCACCUCCCCCCCCCCCACAAUAAAGUCUGGAUUCGUUGCCCUCCGCCC